ACUGCCCAAACAGGAUAUCGAGGCCCUGCCCCUGAACUGAUCUGCCGCAUCCAGGGAGGACAGGUCGAACUCUGGGUCUGUGGUGAUGAGGACCGUGGGGCAAUCUCGAGGUCGGAGGACUUGCUGCCAGGACAUGCCUGGUUGCUGAGCAGAACCGAGGAGCAGGGUCCUGUGGAAGGGCCGGGAAAGCUGGAGCCACCAUGGGCUUCCCUGGGGAGUAUGGGUGAGGUGGAUUCCCUGAGACCAGCGAAGGACCAGUGGCACAAGGGUCACGGGAUGCCCCAAAGCAGGAGAAUGUAGCAGCGAACGAGGUCCCAUCUGUAGUUGGGCAUUGGAGUGAAGAAGGGAAAGAAGCCCGAAACAGCCCAAGGUGCAGGGAUGAAUAUGUCAUGCUGAGACACCAGAAGAGGCAGAAAGGAAAGGUCCACUGGAGAGAGACACUGCAUGCAAACCAAGGCAGUGUGGGGGGCCUCAGAGGGAAGCAGGAGCCCACCACCAAGCGCAGGGGGAGAGACCACUCCUGCCCUGAGUGCAGGAAAAGUUUUAGCUGCCCCUUGCGCCUGGCUCUGCACAAGAUAAAGCAUGCUGGGGAGAAGCCCCAUGUACGUGCCACGUGUGGGAAGAGCUUGACCAGCCUCUCUGUGCAGAGGAGGGAGCAGCCACACGGCUGCACAAGGUGUGGGAAGAGCUUCAGGCAGCCCUCCAGUCUAGCCAGGCACAGGUGCAUGCACGCAAGGGAGAAGCGUCAUCCUUGCUCUCUGUGUGGGAAGAGCUUCAUCUGCUUGUCCAAACUGGCUCGACACCAGCUUACCCACACGGGGGAGAAGCCACAUAAGUGCUCUGAAUGUGGGAUGAGCUUCGCCCAAUCCUGCAACCUGAAUGUGCACCAGCGCAUCCACACUGGGGAGAAGCCACAUCACUGCUCUGUGUGUGGGAAGAGCUUCACCCAAUCCUCCUCCCUGAAUGUGCACCAGCGCAUCCACACUGGGGAGAAGCCACAUCGCUGCUCUGUGUGUGGGAAGAGUUUCACCUACCCCUCCCACCUGGCCCUGCAUCAACUGAUCCACGAGCAGGCGAAGCCACGUCAGUCCUCUGAGUGUGGGAAGCACUUCACCCAUUAUGGCAACCUGACCCAGCACCAGGGCAUCUGCACCGGGGAGAAGCCACAUAAGUGCUCUGUGUGUGGGAAGAGUUUCACCUGGUCCUCCUACCUGGCCCGGCAUCAGCUGAUCCACGAGGCAGAGAAGCCACAUCAGUCCUCUGAGUGUGGGAAGCACUUCACCCAUUAUGCCAAGUUGACCCAGCACCAGGGCAUCUGCACAGGGGAGAAGCCACAUCAGUGCUCUGUAUGUGGGAAGAGUUUCACCUGGUCCUCCAACCUGGUCCGGCAUCAGCUGAUCCACGAGCGGGAGAAGCCACAUCAGUGCUCUGUGUGUGGGAAGAGUUUCACCUUGUCCUCCGAGCUGGUCCGGCAUCAGCUGGUCCACACAGGGGAGAAGCCACAUCACUGCUCUGUGUGUGGGAAGAGCUUCACUCAAUCCUCCUCCCUGACCAAGCACCAGCGCAUGCACACGGGGGAGAAGCCACAUCACUGCUCUGUGUGUGGGAAGAGCUUCACCCAAUCCUCCUCCCUGACCAAGCACCAGCGCAUCCACACAGGGGAGAAGCCACAUCAGUGCUCUGUGUGUGGGAAGAGUUUCACCUGGUCUGCCCUGGUCCGGCAUCAGCUGAUCCACAUAGGGGAGAAGCCACAUCAGUGCUCUGUGUUUGGGAAGAAUUUCACCUCAUCCUACAGCCUGGUCCAGCAUCAGCUGAUCCACACGAGAAAGAAGCCACAUCAGUGCUCUGAAUGUGGGAAGAGUUUCACCUCGUCCUCGUCCUUGACCGUGCACAAGCGUAUCCACACAGGAGAGAAGCCAUAUCAGUGCUCCGAGUGUGGGAAGAGCUUCAUUCAUUCCUCCUAUCUUGCCAAGCACAAGCGCAUCCACACAGAGGAGAAACCAUAUCAGUGCUCUGUGUGUGGGAAGAGCUUUGCGCGAUCCUCCUACCUAGCCCAGCACCAGCGCAUCCACAAAGAAGAGAAGCCGCGUCAUUGCUCUUAGUGUAGGCAGAGCUUCGCCUACUCCUCCAGGUUGUGCCGAACACCAGUGCAUCUACACAGGGGAGAAGCUACAUGGGUGCCCUGAGUAUUGGAAAAGCUUCACCCAUCUCUCCCACCCCUCCUGGAAUCAGCACAUGCACACCCAGAAGCAUCCCUAGUUCUGCCAGCAGUGCAGGAAGGGCUUGGAGAUGUCUGCCUGCUCAGCACCCACCAGUGCUGCAUUCGGACAAGCACCCCCAUGCCGGUGGAGUGCAGAAAGAUUUUGUUCAGGCUGUGCCCCUUGUAGGGUACAGUGGGAAUCCAGAGCCCAGAGGCUGGCCCACAAGGAUUGAUUGUGGGGAGAGUCUAAGAAGAAACACCUCAGGUAGAAGUCCGCCUCCAUGCGGGGCAAGGAGAAGAGGAGGAAAUGAUCUUGCAUCAGCCUUGGAGCCUGUGCAUACCCCAUCCUUCUCUAAAAGCAAAUAGUACUCCCAGGGGAAGAAGUGCCUUAACGGUAGGGUGCCCUCCCCAAGACAGCUGGCGUGAAAUGACACCCAGGGACUUUCCGUGGCUGCCUCCCAGCUUUCUCCUUCCUCCUGGUCCAGGGCUUCUGGCAUAUGAGCCCCUGAGUUGCAGGGAGCAGUGCAUUUCUGGCUGGGCAGCAUUCCCUACCCUCCUCCCUGACCUCGCCUUUCCUCAUCCCCACAUCACCCCUCUCCCAGACCUGCGCAUGCCCAGUAGGGUCCGCCAGGAGCUGCUACUGCCACCCCCUGAGCUGUUUGUUAGACCUGACUCUACGCAAUGCCCCAAACUAGGGAGGCAGUGGAUCGAUGCACAAAUUGCUUGUCAACUGCUUUAUUCCAAGUGGAGACAGCUUCGGGCCAGCUUCAAUAAA